CUCAGGAAUGUUAGUAGGCAUUGAACUGCUUGCUGACUGACUGCUUGUUCUGUGGCUAAAUAAAAAGUUUUGUUUUCCACUGAUGUCAGUGUAGGACUUGCUGCUGCUGCAAAACCAAUUAGAAAACAUUAUAGUUUUCCUUCCACAAAUUACUAAACUUAUCUUUGAGUUGAUGACUGUGAAUAUUAGUAUCAGUUCCUUGCUGGGGGAAAACUGUACAGUAGAGCGGUGCUACUCAAAGUGGUAGCUACUCAUCGACUGCAGGUCUGCAUGCACAUUGGGGGGAAAAAAUGCCGGUCCCCCACAUCGGAUAGCUUGAGAAGCACUGCUGUAGAGGGUUGCACUGAUGUAAUGGAAUAAGUAGGAGGCACCAGAGAAACAUUUGUCACUAAAAAGGAAGUUUAAUCAUGAAACAUACCCGACGGUCUGGAGGAACAGGAGGAGAUUUGGUCAUUGUGCUUUUUUACUUCAGAGCUAGUGAUGAAAGAAUCAUUGGACUUGUGCCCUGAACAAUAAGCAGCAUCAAGUGGAACAAAAUCUGAGUCUAUUAAAUGUACUCCAUGGCAUUCAGAUAAGCUAAUCUGUGCUGAACCAAAGCUUUUCUUGUGGAGUAAAUUAAUUGUGCAGUGAGCUACAAAGAAGCAGCUCGUAAUUCUUCCAUUGAAGUAACUCCUUAUCAGGAUGAACUGCAGCAGCGUGAACGUCACAAUGCCUGAAAAUCUUAACCUUUUACAAUUGAUUAUUUACAUCCCAAUUGUCUUUUUUGGAGUUAUAUUUAAUGUCAUUGCCUUCCUGGUAUUCUGCUGCAAGCUGAAAAAAUGGACAGAAACCAGAGUGUACAUGAUCAACUUGGUUAUUGCAGACUGUUUUCUGCUCGUCACGUUGCCUUUCAUUGUGCAUUUUCACAGGACUGAACAUCCCAUAGAUGAACUGUGCUAUGUCAUACAGACUAUAUAUUUUACAAACAUGCCUGUAAGCAUUUAUAUCAUCACCCUUAUAGCAGUCGACCGAUUCAUUGCAAUUAAGUACCCCCUGAAAGCAAAGAGUUUCAGGUCCCCACUGAAGGCAGCUGUUAGCUGCGGAUUUCUUUGGAUAAUAAUAAUCAUUUAUGCAUACUUCAACCCACGAUUUUCUGAGAAAAAAGAAAAAAAGUGCUUUCAGAAAACUUCUGGUGAACCUGCAGUAACUACACUGGUGUCAGGUAUUUGGGGUUUUUUUAUACCACUAAUAAUACUGACUUUUUGUUCUAUUCAAGUCAUCCAGUGUCUGAAGAUGAAGAAGAACAUGAGUCCACCUGAGGAAACAUCAAUCCAGAAGGCUCUCUGGAUUGUCUCUAUGAACCUGAGUGUAUUUAUCAUAUGUUUUUUGCCUUUUAAUGUCGGGCUACUUGUUAGGUAUGCAAUGGACGCAGCUGGAGCUGCCUGUUCUUUACGCCAGAAUGCAAGCCUUUUUAUUCGUGUGGCUGCGUGGGUAGCAAAUUGUAACUGCUGUUUAGAUACACUUUGUUAUUACUUUGUAGCCAAGGAAUUUCAGGAAGCUUCUUCUCUGUUACCCCCUUUUAAAUCUCUGAAGUCUAGAUCAAAUCAAAGCCAAAACAUAACCACAAAUGCACUAAGUGAUCACCAAAAAAUGCAUGAUACAGGGGCGGAUCCACAGCUGAUAUAAAUUGUCAUAGCUCCAUUGACUUGCCAUAAAAUCUGUAAUUAUCAUGGGUAAUAGUCACAUAAACUUCCUCAAAGUGUACCUGAUUCUGAUCUCACUUAUACUGUACUCAUCUUACAGCAUUCCAACUCCAGUGAUUUCAACAAAGUUACUUCUGAUUUACACCAAUGUAACUGAGAUUCCAGUCAGGAUCAAUGUCUCUCUUUGAAGCUAUGCAUAUGCGUAUUUUAUUAUUGCCAUGAUUUCCUUUGCAUAUACAACAUUAACCAGCUAACUCCAGGAAGCUUUCUUGCAUCACUACACAGGUCAGUUAGUUUCUUGUACUGCUGUGAACGUGUUUACAAUAAAACCGAUGCAGUAGCAAAAUGUAAAUACUGAGAUGUGUAUCUUUCACAUUAUAUUGGGUUUGCAUAAUUUACAAUCUAUUUUCCUUCCUGCUGCUCUCAGCCAAAUAGUAUACAUUUGAAGCCUGAAGCUGCUAUCAGAAUUCAGCUUAUCUCAAUUAGCAGAAUUAUCACCAACACUAGUCGAAUACUGGUGUAACCCCCCUUUCCUGUGUGCCUGGGCGCCUGAUGUUGUUGACAUUCAAGGAGAUCCUGAGUACCCCAGUGGUGAUGUUGGAUAGGUGAGAAUCCUCUAUCCACCCCUCUACUACAGUCCCUUUACUCCUAAAGGAAUUUAAAUUUGGCAGUGCUUCCACCUCCUGGCCCCUGUAGACACUCAAUGGUGUGCCUUGGAAACCUCUAGGAAUAAAGCUAUUCUAAGAAUAAUAAUAAUCAGUGGCAUGUAUCUAAGUCAAAGCCCCUGCAGGCUCUCAGCAGCAGCUCCUGGUAUGGACAGAGCGCCACACCAGCAAUCUUGCUCCUUUCCCAAAAUGGAGUCCACCGCCUCUCUCCCUGCACUCCCUGGAAGGGGAAGUGUCUCACUCUUUUCCCCCAAGGCAUCAUGGGAGUUGUGGUCUCUAAGGCUAAAUUGCGGCACACAGGAUCUUCCCAACUGGAACACUCCCAACAAAGUUCAGAGAUCCCUCUAGUAAAGGGUGACAUGAG